GAGCGAGCGCCAGUCUUGCCGCCCCGCGCGGGACGAGUCUCGCGAGAGGUCAGCACAAGGCGGUUGGCCUGAGGCGCUUUCUGCUUGUGUCUCUUUCGUCAGGAGGGUCGCUUCGCCGACCUCCCUUCGCGUUCUGCCUCGCUCUCCCUUCGAGCCAGCCGCCUCCAGACGAGCCAUGUCUCGCUACCUGCGGCCUCCCAACACCUCGCUCUUCGUGCGGAACGUGGCUGACGACACCAGGUGUGUGUCUGAAGAUUUGCGUCGUGAAUUCGGUCGUUAUGGUCCGAUAGUAGAUGUGUAUGUACCUCUGGAUUUCUACACUCGCCGUCCAAGAGGAUUCGCUUAUGUUCAAUUUGAAGAUGUCCGUGAUGCUGAAGAUGCCCUUCAUAAUUUGGACCGGAAGUGGAUUUGUGGCCGCCAAAUAGAAAUCCAGUUUGCUCAAGGAGAUCGUAAAACACCAAACCAAAUGAAAGCCAAGGAAGGAAGAAAUGUAUAUAGCUCUUCCCGUUACGAUGACUAUGACAGAUACAGACGUUCUAGAAGCCGCAGUUAUGAAAGGAGGAGGUCAAGAAGCCGCUCUUUUGACUACAGCUAUCGCAGAUCUUAUAGUCCUAGAAACAGUAGACCUGCUGGAAGACGUCGACGUAGCAGAAGUCGUUCAGAUAAUGAUAGGUUCAGACACCGUAACAGAUCUUUUUCAAGGUCAAAGUCCAAUUCAAGAUCACGAUCUAAAUCACCCAAAAAAGAAAUGAAGGCUAAAUCACGUUCUAGAUCUGCAUCUCGCACUAAAUCUAGAGGCACCUCUAAAACGGAUUCUAAAACACAAUAUAAAUCCAGCUCAAGAUAUGAAAAAGAAUCAAGGAAAAAAGAACCAGCUAGAUCCAAAUCUCAGUCGAGAUCGCAUUCUAGAUCUAGAUCAAAAUCCAGAUCCAGGUCAUGGGCUAGUCCCAAGUCCAGUGGCCACUAACAAUGUACCUUGUUUUUAGGCAUGUAUCAUCCAGUUACACAGUUGAGUUAUGAUGUUGCAACAUUGCUUAAAAUAACUUUCGUCAGUUAUCCUGUUAGCAGACAAUUAAUACUAUUAAAACAAAAUAUUGAGAA